AUGUUCGAAGCUACUAGGUUACUCGGUGUACUUGACUAUCGGCGUAACAAUUGCAUGGACAAUUUGAACAAGCAACUACAAGGCGUUUUAGUAUACUCAGCAAAAGCUGGAUUUGGCCGUUUUUGCAAACCCGAGUCCAAGAACUUUGAAAAAUUACUAAGGUACGAAAGUGUCGAACGGUGUUCACCAGAAACAAUAGAAGAUUUACUUACCCUGGUGCGCGGAAUUACCGGAAGCACCAUGGACGUAUUUUGCGGUGAUUAUACAGAGAGUUCAGAUAAAUGCGACAAACUAGAGGCACCUCCAAAAAAGUUAAAAUCUCAACGACGGACCAAAUCGUUUGUUUCGCCUAUGGUUGCCGUUUUAGAGGGCUUUCCCGAAGUAUAG